AAUGGCACGUACACACUAGCGGAAAAACGCGCGCGGCGCGCCGCCGACGGCAAGACGCGUGCCGCGAAAGCAGCCGCGAAGCAGGUUUUUCUUGCCGCGGCUGCUAUCGCUCCUGGACAGAUUUCUUGCGGUUUGCCGCGUGCCGCGAAUGAAGGAGACCAAUGAGAGCGGUCCGCUUCCGUGACGUGCGCGCGGGAAACUGGCGUCAUGCGGACCCGCCCGACCGCUCGUUUCGUACUCACGUCCGGUAUCAGCCUGAGACUUGUUUCGCACGACCAUCUGCUCGUGUCAGCUCCCGUUCGCAUGCUUGUAUCGUUGACUUGGCUUCCGAAUUAUGAGCAUGAACCGAGACAUCGUGAUUCAAAGGUUUUUGGAGUUAGUGCGUGAAUAUCCAUUGUUAUAUGACAAGAUGGACCCUGAGUACAAGGACACGGAGGCGAAGAUGAACCGGUGGACAAUUAUUGGACAGGAAUUCAGCCUGACUGGACCACAAGCAGCCGCGAAAUUUAAAAAUAUUAGGGACAGGUGGAAGAAGAUAGUGCUGAAGACUGAAAGGAACAAAAAGAGCGGAGCCGGAGGAGACGCGGGCAAAAUAAAGACAAACUGGGUGCACUUUGACAUAAUUGACGGCAUGCUAAAGACAACACCGCACUAUGCCGAAAGGACGUCAACAAAUGUUCCUAUAGAAGAAAGGCUCUCUCAAGAAUCGUCAACAUCUAGCGCUGGAUACUCAGGCCUUGGACAAAUGAAUAGCGAUACCUUGACCCCUGAAGCAGACGCUUUCCAGGAAAUGUGUCCUGAUAUUCCGCUUCAUGUGGCACCUGAAGAAGAGGAUGCACCAUUUUCCAGUCCAUCAACAUAUGAAGCAGGCUCCAGACCAGAAGUUUCUGUGAACAGAUCUGCAUCUUCUCAAGGGUCUAUCAAGAGACCAGCUGGUGCGGUCCCGCCUUCUCGAAGGAAGCAACAGAAGAGCAACUUCGAAGACUGCCGUUACAGAGGUCCUGGGGUGUUGCAGCACAACUUUAGAAAAAAUUGCACAGAAGAAUGAGCAGGCGCAAUCUCAAGAUGACUCGACAGAGGCAGCAAAUUGGAUUGCCUCCAAAUUAAGAGCAUUGCAACCAAAGAAGAAAUGUGAAGUUAUGUUUAAAAUCAACCAACUUCUGUACGAAGCCGAAAUUGAGCAAUUUCAAUAAAUU